AUGGCAGCGCCUAGCGAGGCGGCCGCUCUCUUGAAGACGUUCUUGGAGAGAUCCUGGGGCUCCAGCCUCAAGGCCUGGAUCACAGCCUUCGAUGUGGAAAACGUGCAGCGCAUUCACAAGAUCGAGUUUAUAGAGAUCAUGCGGAAGUCGGGCUACAUUGGAAACAUCCAACAGAUCUUCAACGAGUUGUUCGAUGACUCUGGUGAGAUUUCCAUGUCCAAGAUCGACCCGGAGCAAGCGGACCUUUGGACUCGAUUUCGCGAAUGGUGUCUUGGCACUUUCCGCUCUGUGGAUGAACUUCUGACGCGUUUGGGGAAGAGCAACGAGGAGCGCUUCAAGAAUCGCCAGACCAUCAAGGCGCGUCUGGCCAAGAAUCCCCAGACCAUCAAGGCGCGUCUGGCCGCGCUCAACGAGGCGCAAUUCAAAAAACGAGUGCAAGAGCUGGGUUGGGAGCACGGGCAAGAAGCCUUGCUCUUCUCAGCCUUGGACACCGAAGGCUCAGGCGUACUGAGGCGCGAACACUUUCGAUGGCUGGAGGCUGAAUAUCGCCGCAUCAAGCGGAAGAUCGAAGCCAAGAGUCAGGCCAUCCACUCCCUGAAGAAGCAGCAAGCCAACGAUGCGCGUCUGGUGACACUGGGUGUCUUCAAACAAGCCUUGAUCAAAAAACAUGGCAAUUUGGUGCGUGGCUUCCGCAUGGGCCUGGCCAACGAUCAGCUGAUCUUGCCCAAGACGCAGUUUCUGAAGGCUUGCGCCGUCAUGGGCUUUUCGCAUGAAGCCCGAGAUCUCUACAAGAUGUUGGACAAGGAGCAGUGCGGCUUUGCCUCGCUGGAAGAGCUGGAUCCGCCCACAGCGGAACAAUUGGCCAAGUUCAAGAAGUUCCUGGAAUCGAACUUCGGUGGCGCCUGUCGCAAUGCCUUCAAUCUCGAGGGCGACAGGAAAAUGGCUUUCCCUCAGUUUGAGAGCGAGGUGAAACAGUGGGGCUACCAUGGGAACAUCAAGAAGAUCUUCCAAUACUUAGAUAGAGACGGCCGGAAGACCCUGGAGGACAGCGACCUGCGAUUUCUGGACAAGUGGACGCCAUCGCCCUACUUCUUGGUCGAGGCCAACCACGUGGCCAAGGAGGAGGUCAAAGAGCUCUUAAACCAGAAGUACAACGGCCACUUUAUGAAAGCUUGGAGACAUCUGCUGGAUAAGGAUGGAAGCAACCGCGUGACCUGGUCCGAGUUCCAGUCGGCCUGUCACAAGCUGCGCUACACGGGGGACGUGGCGGGCGCCUGGCGCGCCUUCGACGCGGAUCUCUCUGGCUAUCUGACGCUGAAUGAGGUGGACACCGAAGCCAGUGACACCCUCUGCGAGUACAAGGGCUGGGCUUGGGAGGAGUUUGGCACAGUAAGGGCGGCCUUUGGUGUCUUCGAUCAUGACAACUCCAACAGCCUCUCCUUCGAAGAGUUCCGCAGCAACUGUCGCAUCUACGGCUACGAGGGCAACGCCAAGAAACUCUUCGAUGCCUUGGACAUCAACGGGGAGAAGACGCUGUCCAUGAGUGAGAUUGCAUUCCUGGAUGAUUGGGAUAUGGGACAGAGUCAGGGAAGGAGCAAGGAUGACAAGAGGAAAAGUCACAUUCGUCAGAUGAACGAAUCGCUGAAGCGACAGCAGCAGAUCUCGCACAGCGCGGGGCGACCCACGCGGGGGCCCAUGGACCUGGCACAGCUCAAAUCCAUUAGCACCAUCAAGGAGAACGUCGUGAGCGAAAAUGAAACGGAUCGAUCCCAAAAGGUGACAAGGGUGAAGCAAGGCCUGCAGCUGCGUGCGGAUCUGCCGCUGAUUCCCUUCUACCGCUGGCCCAUGCGGAGGAUCCCAGGGCCGGGUGAAGAGGAAGACCCGCAUCGUCCGUACCAUUGCGAGCAACGCAAGGGCCGCGAGCGAAAGCAUUGGGUCCAGGAAGCAGCACAGGAUUUUCUGCCGAAGAAAAGUCCAUGGUUGAAGCCCCUGGAGGAUUGA